GUUCAGUCAGUUUUCCCUGCCGCCGCAUUUCAGCCAUGAACCGCGUCUUCGCCACCCCUUCCAACUUUGUGUUCGGCGUGCAGUACUUGGCCAAGUCUGUAGCCCCUCUUGCUCCUUGGGCUGCCCCUGGUGCCGUGGUUGUCGGCUGGUUAGCAUGGCCUGCGUUGACUCCUGAAUACAAGGAAGAAACGUUUGGUGUGAAGGCUCCUUCCGCCGCUGGUGUGGCCCCUGCCGCUGGCACGUCCAAUUUCCGUACGACAAAGUACGUGAAGAACGAAAUCGGCGAACGACCUUCCGUGGACGAUGAAUAGACUUAAAGACUGCGUAUCUCCCAUUGUCGACAAAUUGGGGCCGUACGUCGAAUUGUGCAACACAGUCCAAAUACAGCAUACACCUUGAUUGUACUGUGUAUAUCUCGUCGAGGUCGUU